AUUUUGGAUCUUGAAACAUUUUGCCAUCCUUGGCCGCUAGCCCUCGUCAUACGGAGUGAAUUCAUCCAAUGCAGGAUAGAAGACAACCACCAAUUGCCAUACCGCCCGCGCCGCUCCUUUCAGCAUCAGUCUCAACUCCCCGUCGCCCUACACCGCAGAGAGAGCAAGAACCGUCAGACGACACAGUCCGGCGGGUACCGUCGUCGUACUUUUCUCUUCCUUACAGCUAUAGUAGUCCUGCAGGCCCAUCACACUGGAGGAACAAGCCGCUUGACAGUGGCUCAGCUCGUCGUCGCGACGGCAAGUUCCGUAGCGCUAGCGUUAAAACAGUGGGCAGCUUUUCUUUGAAGACACCGAAUCGGCACGAAGAUCUCGACAACUGGCAAUCUCUUCAAGACAUAACUGGAAGUGACGUGGAUGAAGAUCAGAUUGAAGACAAGGCAACAACAAAUAGCCGAUCGUCUUCGUUAGCAACUCCUAGCGCUCGGAGCGUACGGUCACUUUUCAUAUCUUCGGACUUGUCUGCAGACGCCUUGAGUAUACCUGAAGGAAGAAGCCACACAAGCGAUCGCAUUUCUAUAGUUGAUCGGUUAUCAUUGUCUCCUACUCAACUGGAGGCCGGAGGUGAUCAUAUUCUUUCUGUAUCCCGAGAUGAUUCUCAACAAGAAGAAGGCACGCCUCGUGCUGCUGUACUACCAUUACAAUCGCCGGAACCCAUUGAAAGGCUGACUUCUGCUACACCCCUGUUGGAAGCCUCAUUUCCUUCAGAUUUCCUAUCAUCGAGACAACCUAUUACUGAGACAAGGUCCAUUGUAGAGAAGAAGGCUUCCACUUUGGAAGGACAUAGAUAUAGUUGGAUUCCUCCCACAUGGGCCACAAAUAUACUCAAAUGCUCUAUUGCCUACCUCAUAGCCUCUUUGUUCACGUUUGUCCCUGCCCUUGCGUCUAUGUUAUCGACCCAGUCGGAGACCGAUGCGCAUGGGCGAGUUACUGCGGUACCCGCGUAUUCCGCACAUAUGGUAGCAACUAUCGUUGUAUACUUCAACCCGGCUAAAACAUUGGGAAACAUGCUUCUGUCAACCAGAUAUUGCUUCGUGCUCGCCGUACUUUCCACGGUAGUGUCCCUCUUAGCGACCCUGACGAUUCGGUUAUUCGAUCAUUACUCACCCUCACACGGAGAAAGAUGGGAUUUUAUCAGUGAAAUGGGUGAUUGGAUCGUUUGUAUAAUUUGGAUUGGAGGGACUAUGGGUGUGUUAGCUUGGUCCAAGUUAUGGGUCGGUAACCCAAGUUUCAAUUCAGGCUGCUCAAUGGCCGCAAUGAUUCUGUACAAUGUUGUCAUAAAAGAGGGUGCAGUGCCAAAAUUAAUAGAGAUUUUGCUCAUCGUCUUCACGGGAGUUUGCAUCACAAACCUUGUGUGCAUCACCGUCUUCCCAGUGUCGGCGACUUCAAACCUUCAAAAAUCAAUAUCCAAAUCACUCAAUUCUUUUUCCACACUCCUCGACCUCCUCACAUCAACAUUCCUCCUCGAGAAAAGCACAGUCAAAGAGAAGGGACUUACUCUCAAGGAUGCAGUUAGAGACCAUUCUGCCGCUUUCAAGACUCUGCAAAAGGACCUUUCAGAGGCUAAACACGAGCGAGUCCUUGAUGGGAGGAUCAGAGGCAGGAACUUGCAGCUCUACGAUGCAGCAAUCGUCAGCCUUGGUCGGUUGGCCCAACAUUUGAGUAGUUUGAGGAGUAGCACCAGGCUCCAAGAAAGUCUGGUCCGCGCCAGUCGCGAGGGGCGGAUCAGUUUGGAGGUCGGUGCAGAGCGUGGCCGUUCCAAAAUAUCCAUUUCUGAGGUGGAUGCCAUUGACGAUGAGAGAGGACAAGGAUUAUCUGAGGACAUGGACAUUGCUACAAGCGUGCACCUUUUCUUGAAAUUCAGAGAAAUUGCCGGGACACAGAUGGAUGAUUUGAACACUCGGUGCGAUCAAGCCCUGGAAGCUGUACAGGCUCUUUCCCAAGCUCGUCAGAUGCCCUGUAUCGAUCUCCCUUUGAUCCGCUCCAAGCUCGCCACUUCCCUCAAGGAAUUCACUCUUUCAUCGAGCAGAGCCAUCAAAAGGGUCUACGCGGGACCCCGGCGGAAGAAGGGUGUCUAUUUCAAAACUGAUCCAAGCUCUAGUGACAGUGGAGAGAGCGAGAGUGAUGUGGAGAGUGAAAAGAUUUACGGGGACGGAAACGAAUGCAAGCUGGAGGCCACCGAAAACUUGCCCGUUGAAGAUCAGCCCGACAUUAACCACGGUCCUAAUGAAACGGUCUUCUGGAUCUACUUUUUCCUGUUUACUUUUGAAGAAUUUGCACGUGAGAUGAUAUUUCUUGUGGAUACAAUGGAGGAGAUUGUUACGACUGAGAAAGUCACUUUCUGGGAGCAUCUCAAAACAGUUAUAAUGCCAAAAAGAGGGAGGAAGGAGAAGAAAAGCGAGUACCUCUAUAAACAGCUUCAAAACAUUGUCCCAAUCGACCCUUCUCAACUUCAGCCGCCAUUGUACCCGAAAAAUGGUCGUGAUUCCACUGGACCCGUUAUCGUGCCUGAUUUGAAGUCACUCAGUUUUAUUGGAAGGAUCAAACAGAUGUUCUGGGCGUUAGGCGAAAGGUCUAAACAGCCUGACGCGCGUUAUGCCAUCAAAACUGGUCUCGGAGGCGCUAUGUUGGCUGCGCCAGCAUUCACAGAAAUUGGACGACCGAUAUUUCUGAGAUUCAGAGGGGAAUGGGCGCUGAUCGCAUACUUUGCUACCAUGAGCCAAACCAUCGGGCAAACCAAUUUUUUAUCGAUGAUGAGAAUAUUGGGAACUUUAAUCGGAGCGGGAGCUGCUGUCCUUUUCACCAAAUUGUUUCCAGACAACAACGUUGCUCUUCCUAUCCUAGGGUUUUUCUUCUCGAUCCCCUGCUUCUAUAUUAUAACUCAAAUGCCCGAUUACAUGAAUGCAGGGCGAUUUAUCCUCCUUACAUAUAAUCUCACGUGCUUGUAUACUUACAAUACCAGAACGAGAGGAGACGUUACUGUUGAAAUGAUUGCCUAUCGCCGAUCAACAAGUGUUAUUGUGGGCGUUCUGUGGGCUGCAAUUGUUUCCAGGUACUGGUGGCCGUUCACCGCCAGGAGGGAGCUGCGUAUGGGCCUGAGCGACUUCUGUCUUGAUCUGUCCUAUCUAUAUUCAAAACUCCUCACAACUUAUGGUAAUGGCGUCGACUACAAUGGACUAAACGCCGUAGGAGCAGAUACUGAAGAAGGAGAGUUGGAACCUUUACUGCCGACAGAUGCUAUCAGGCAUUCUCAUCUCGAUCACGGAGUAAGACAAUUUAUGGCCAUGGAAUUGCAUCUUCAGAGUCAGCUUGACAGUAUGAAAAGCUUGCUGGCCCACACAAAAAACGAACCACGCCUAAAAGGACCGUUUGCAUAUGGAUUCUAUAAAGAGGUCCUACUUAGUUGCGAGCGAAUGCUCGAUAGGCUGCACAGUAUGCGCUGUGUUACGACUAGAGAUGAGUGGGACAACAAUAUCCGGGAUACCUUUGUUAUACCAGUCAACAAGGAACGCCGAGAGAUGGCUGGGAACGUCAUUCUAUAUUUCUAUACUUUGUCCGCCGGAUUCCGGCUGCGGACGCCCGUGCCCCCAUACCUUCCUCCAGCUGAGGAGGCUCGUCAGCGCCUCGUUGACGCCAUUCGUUCCCUCGAUGUCGUUCGACGCAGAAGCGUUCGUGGAGGUGGAAGACAUCUCUUGUUCUUUGCAUAUACAUUGGCCAUGCAGGAGGUGAUAGCUGAGCUGGAGUAUCUGGGAGCGAUGAUGCAGGAAGCUUUCGGUGUGAUAUCUGUCAGUUCCGCUGACGACUUUGAGGACUUAUUCGAGGAGCCAGUAGAGGAAGUUGCCAAAGUGGGGAAAAGCCCGAAGAGCCUGUAAAUGUCGUAUGCAUUGCCGUCUGGUCAAG